AGCGGGCCCGGCGGCGGCGCGCGGCGGGCAGGGCCGUCUAGACGGGAAAUACUUCUUUGAAAACCUCACACGUGACUGGAAGUCUUUGGCGUGCUCAUAGCCCACGUCCUCCAGGGUCGUGACAUCACUGUGUCCUGGAAGUUCAGCUCAGGUGGCUUCGACUGUGCUGCUUCUGGCUGCGGGGCCCCGGGCCAGCCCCAGGGGGAUGAGACUGCUCGAGGACAGAGCGCCGGUGCGUCCGUGCCGGCUGUGACGGCGACGACGUGUGGCCGCUUGCUCACUCUCCUCCCCAGGCCCUCCCAGAGCCGUGAUGGGCGUCCGAGGAUUGCAGGGCUUCAUCAGCAGCAGCUGCCCCCAAGUGUGCAUGGUCGUGAACCUGAGGGAGCUGGCCGAGCAGCACCGCAGCAGGCACCCCGGCUGCACGCCCACCAUCGUGGUGGACGCCAUGUGCUGCCUCAGGUACUGGUACACGCCCGAGUCCUGGGUCUGCGGCGGUCAGUGGCGAGAGUACUUCUCUGCCCUGCGGGACUUCGUUAAGGCUUUCACGGCCGUGGGCAUCAAGCUGGUGUUCUUCUUCGACGGCAUGGUGGAGCCGGGCAAGAGGGAGGAGUGGGUGAAGCGGAGGCUCAAGAACAACAGGGAGAUUGCCAGGAUCUUCCAGCACAUCAAGUCCCGCAGGGAGCAGCCCGGCAGGAACAUGUUCUUCAUCCCCUCGGGGCUGGCCGUGUUCACGCGCUUCGCCCUGCAGAGCCUGGGCCAGGAGACCCUGUGCUCCCUGCGGGAGGCCGACUACGAAGCAGCCGCCUACGGCCUGCGGGACGGCUGCCUGGGCGUCCUGGGGGAGGACACCGACUACCUGAUCUACGACACCUGCCCCUACCUCUCCGUCGGCGGGCUGCGCCUGGAGCGCCUGGAGACGCUCAUGCUCUGCAGGGCCCAGCUGUGUGGGGCCCUGCGCCUGCGCCCGGCAGACCUGCCCCUGCUGGCCUGCCUGCUGGGCAACGACGUGGUCCCCGAGGGCCUGUUCGAGAGCUUCCGCUACAAGUGCUUGUCGGCCUACACAGCCGCCCGGGAGGGCCCCGACAAGCGGGGCAGCACCAUCCUGGCCGUGGCCGACCACAUAGCCAGGGUCCUGCACGCGCAGCAAGGCGAGAAGCGGCUGGAGGAGCUGCUGCCGCUGGGGGCGCACGCGGAGCUCUUCUACAAGGGGGUGGCAUCCUACCUCCUGCCAGGACAGCAGUCCCCGUGGUUCCUCCAAGCACCCGCCGUCCCCACCACCCCCACCGCCACCGUGGACCCGCAGGGAGCCCCCGUGUGUGCAGACCCUGGGCCCGCACCGCCCUCGCCUGUGGGGGCAGCACCCCCGUCCGAGCUGGAAGCUCAGGCCGCACAAGAGGAGCCCCAGGACGCGGAGCACGCGGCCCAGCAGCCGGCAGCCAUGGUCUCGGACCCCGACAUUCUAAAGGUGGCCCGAGAGCAGCACGUGCGGGGUGAGAGCUACCUGGUGUACAACAUCCUGAGCCGCGGGGAGAUCGAGUGCAGCAACACCUUGGAGGACGCUCUGGACCAGGCCCUGCCCAGCCAGGCCUUCGUGUUCCGGCCUGUGCGCCAGCGCGUCUACGCGCUCCUGCUGGGCGCCGGCGCGGAUGGCUCCGGCGCCUGCCCCACGGUCAAGGAGUGGUUCGUGUACGCAGGCAACCCGCUGAAGCAGCCGGACCUCGUCAGGCCCCUGCAGGUGAACCUCCCAGGGGGGGCACCGGAUCUGAAGCUGCUGUGGCUGAGCCAGGAGCCCGAAGUGCAGGCCCAGCGCCUGGAUGCCCUGCUGGCCUGCUUCGACCUGUCAUCCGCCCGCGAGGAGCUGCAGGCGCUGGAAGGCCCCUUGCAGGCCCUGUGCUGCCUCCUGAUCUACCUGUUUGUGCAGGUGGACACGCUGACCCUGGAGGACCUGCACGCCUUCCUGGCCCAGGCACUGUGCCUGCCAGGGUGGUCUACAGCACAGCUCGCGGACCUAGAGCUGGACCACGUGGACUCCAGGGCAGUGCAGCUGGGCGCCCUGCUGAUGCGCGGCCUCACCACGCUGGUGCUGGUCAACAGUGCCUGCGGCUCCCCCUGGAGGACGGGCCACUUCAUGCCCUGGCACCUGUUCGACGGGAAGCUUUUCCACCAGAAGUACCUGCAGUUGGAAAAGGGCUACACGGCGGAGGAGCUGGUGGAGCAGAACAGGGCUCGGCUCACCCAGUUCCACGCUCUGAAGUCCGCCGUGUGCAAGGCCUGCGCCAAGGAAAACCGGCGCAUCGUGAGCGGGCAGCGCUGGCGGGCACACCACACAGGGCGGUGGGCACGACAGGGGUCCAGUUCCCACCGCACGAGCUCCGGGCACAGCCGGUCCAGCCCAGGACAGCACUGGAGAGACCAGGGGCCAGGAGGCAGACCCUACGAGCCCGACCAGUGGAGGAGACACUCGUCCUCGUCCGGAAUUUUCAGAUAACCUGAGAAUGGAACUUUGAAGCCCAUCAUCACGCUGAGCUAUUCCUGGGCCCCAUAGCUGAGGCAUCUUGGUGGAGCGGCACUACUGCCUCGAUCCUGGGGUGGCGUGACUGCCAGGUUCUCUCUCGGCCGCACGCUUGGCUGGAGACCCCUGCGCCCUCAGAAUGCCCAGGCCUGCGCCCCAGAGUGCAGGACCUGCCCUGACCUGAGGCUGGCAGCAGGCAGGGGCAACAGCCCACGUGUGCAGACUCCAGCCACGGCUCCCCAUGAAGCCCCAUCCAGGCUGCCCCGAGGAGACACGGACACCGUCGUCCGUGCCACUUGCGCCGGGGCAUCAGAGCAGGGCCAGGCUCCUCGAGUGCGUUUGCCUGUCUGGUCCCUUCCCGCGUGAGUCUUCCCACCGGCAGCUUUACCUUCCAGCUUUGGAAACGGGUCUUUCCACCCCACUAAGAGUACGUCCUGCCUGGGUAGUGGCAUCCUGUCCCGCCUCGCGUCGGCUGACCUGAGGCCGCAGCUGUGUCUGGGCCUCUUUGUCCUCAUGCUGACUUGUGUGACGUCAUAAUAAACUUGUCAUCCCUUAGACUGAAACAGUAGCUCCCUCACUUUCUGCUUCAUGAUGUUGAAAUUCUACCUCGCAAUAAAAUAUUCACGAAAGCAAGCUUGGCACAAACCUUUGCGUUGGAGCAUCUUUAUUACAUUUGAAAGAUCCAAUGUGGGGAAACUUUCGUGACCCUGACACGGAAGUCACAGCUGCCAUCAAGUCUGAAGAAAUUUCUACAUAUUGGCUUAAAAGUUAAUAUAUUGCAAGUAGAAUUUCACAUUUUUCACUGCUGGAAAACACCGCGUGAUACGUAGUGACCUCUGUAGAGAAGAGAAGGUGCUGGGUCUCUGGGAGGUUCUGCUGCUCCUGCUGAGACCUCGUGAGUCGCAGACACUUGCUGACUGGCAUGAGUUGAGCCGCCCGCCUGGCAGAGCAGGUGUCACCAAUGGGCACGGCAGCCCCUGCUUUGUGCUACGUGCUUGUGUUGCUGUUACGUGUGGCAUCUUUGCUCUGGUGUUUAUCGGGGAGAUUGGCCCGUGUUUUUUUUCUCUCCUAGCGACCUUCUCUGCCUUAGGUAGAGGGGUAAUUCUGGCGUUGGAAAGAAGCUCGUAAGUGUUCCUCUGUCUUGCUUUGUUGUGAAGAGUUUGGGGGGGAUUGGUGUUAUUCUUUGAAGUUUUGGUAGAAUUCAUCAGUGGCAUCAAGUGGUCCUGCACUUCUCUUGGUUGGGAAGCUCUUGCCUACUGAGUUACCUUUAUCAUUGAUCAAGCUGUUCGGCUUUUCUGUUUUUUCAUGACUCAGUCUUGGUAGAUUGUAUGUUUCUAGGAAAUCACCCAUUUCUUCUGAGUUAUCCAAUUCAUUGGUGUAUAAUUGUGCAUGGUAGUUACUAAUGAUCCUUUGCAUUCCUGUAGUACCAAUUAAAACUUUUCUUUCGUGGGGCCUCCCUGGUGGUGCAGCGGGUUGAGCACCGCGCUCUGAAGCUGUCUGCAGCCUCUGCAGCAAGAGUUCGAUUCCCAGCCGGCCAGGGAGAAACCCACAUGGCAGGCAGACCUCUCCUGCCUCGCCCGCUGCUCCCCUCAGCAGUGUCCUUGGUCCAUCUGCCUGUUCUGCUCCCCGCUCUGUCUCUGGUGGAUUCUCUCACCCUCCUGCACCUCUGACCUGUACCCCAGUUCUUGUAUAAAUAAAUAAAUCUUUAAAAAAAUUUUUUUUCUUUCAUUGUAUUUUUAUUUAUUUCAUGUCCCCUUUUUUCUUGGUUUAUUUAGCUAAAGCUUUGUUGAUUUUAUCAUUUUAAAAAAAGAACAAGUCUUUUUAAUUGUCUUCCAGUUUUCAUUGCAUUUGUUUCUACCCUAAUAUUUAUUGUUCCUUCUUUCUGCCAACUUUGGGCUUAACAUGUUCUUCUAGUUCCUUGAGGUAUAAAGUACAUUGUUUGAGAACUUCCUUUUUCUUAGUCACUUCUUACUAUAAACAUCCCUUUUAGACCUGCCUUUGUUGCAUCCCAUAAGUUUUAAUAUGUUGUAUUUCCAUUUUUGUUUGUCUCAGAUACUUUAAUUUGCCUUUUGACUUUCUUCCCUUGGCCCAUUGGUUGUUCAGUAAUGUGUCGUUUAAUUUCACAGAUUUGUAAAUCUUUCGAUUUUUCUCAUUGCUUAUUUCUAGUUUCAUAUCAUGGUGAUCAGAAAGGAUACUGCAUAUAAUUCCAGUCUUAAAUAUUCAAGACCUGCCCUGUACCCUACGUGUAAUCCAGCCUGGGGAACAUUCUGUGUUUGCUUGAGAAGAGUGCGCGGGGCUGGGGCGGGGGUGUUCCUUAGGUCUGUACGUCCAAUGUUUAUUGAUCUGUGUGUCUGUUGUUGAAAGUCGAUAUUGAUGACCUUGUCUGUUUCUAUGUAACUGCUCUUAUAUGUCGCUGUCUAUUUCUGCCUUUUGCUCUGUCAAUAUCCGCUUCAUGUAGUUAUAAAAAUUAACAUCCUUUUAUGGUAAAAACUCAACAAAUCAGGUGUAGAAGGAAUGUACCUCAACAUAAUAAAGGCCACAUAUGGAGAGACCACAGCGGCCAUCAUGCACAGCAGGGCAUGGUUGGAAACUUUUCCUCUAAGAUCAGAAACCAGACAAGUGUGCUCGUGCCCACCGCUUCUGCUCGGUAUAUAUAGUCUCUGCUUCGUGACCUUUGAUGACCUUGAGUCUGUAGAUAAGCUUGUCAUUCAGCAAGACCUACUGUGAAUGGCCACAGCUGUGAAGUGGGGAGCCUGGUUAAGUAGAGAGACUUAAUAUGUCACCUAGCCGGAGAGGCCAGAGUGGUUCUGGAAACUCCAGGUAGGCCUGGAGGUGAUGACUUUGGUCGUGGAUGAGACGGGGGUGACUGGGUGACUCUGGUGCCAGCUGUGCUGGUGGAUGGGGGCGGUGGUGGGGGAGUGGAUCUGGUGAUGAUGGGAACAGUUUUGGAGGUGGUAGGAGUGAUAGUGGCAGCCACAGCAGUGGCUGCAUGGUCCGUCAAGGCUGCGGGGGCAGUGCGCUGGGUGCGUCCCCACCAUGUGCACGGUGGUGACCAUGAUGGGGUGGUCACCAGGGCUCGGAGGCCCAUGUGGGCCUAGUCACCUCGAAUGUGUGCGGCUGCUUUGUUGUCAGCCACACCUCAGUGAAACUUGCGGAGGAAGCAGAAGGAUCCGAACACACGUGAGAAAGUGCGGACAGCAGACUGGGUAUUGCUUUGAGUCGGGGGUGAGGUUACAGAGACUUCAUGUUUCUGUUUUGUUUGAGACAAAUAAUAAUCAGAAAAAAUAAUUGGAGAGGGACACAAAGAUGUGGACAUGUUCUCUCUACACUGUCGUUAGCCAGGACCCACUGGCCAGGUCAAGGGUGGGGCCUGCUGGGCGCUGCCCAUCUCUGAAACGGCCUGUCACUGGCCAUUGCCCGCUGGUUCACUGGUCACCUGGUUCUGAUGGUACCAUCUUUCAUCGUCUCAAUUUUGACGCGUGUGGUCAAAAAGGGAAUUUCAUUGACUCCUCUGAAUAUUAGUGAAACUUCUUUUUCACUCACUCACUGGCCAUUUUCAUCUCUUGCAAUGAACUAGCUCAUCCUCAGCCCAGUUUUUCCUGAGUGAUUUUUUGAUACUGGUUUGUGGGACUCAUUUACAAAUUGCAGGUAUUAACCCUUUGACGGCAUGGCUGUUUUUCCUUGUUUUUCGCUUCCUCAUCCUGGGAAUCUUUCAUCUAGAAACCUGGGGGUCCCUGAUUGCCCUUCUCCUGGCGUCCCAGCGCUGGGAGGGGGGAAGCACCCUUGGGUGCUGUGCCUCCAGGACCCCGUGAGCAGUGAGGCCCCUCCCUGUGGGUGCCAUUCCCUCCUAUCUGCAGACCCCACUUAUCCGUGUGGUGACGGCUCCUCAUCCUGCUUCUGUGCUGACGCGGGUGCUAACAGGGCCUAGUCGCUUUCCCCAGGAACCUCCCCACUGACCCGGGGAGCUCAUGGGGCCCUCCCCAGCAUGCUGACUGGCAGCUAAAGAACCACACAGGCGCCACGUCGCUUCUGUGGCCUCAGCUUGCAGUCAGGGUGUCACCUGUCACGUCUGCCCUGGUCAAAGGGGCCUGCCACGCUCGGGAGAGGCAGCGGCCUUCUCUUGCUUGCUCAGGGAGGGGAGCGUCGUGGGCCAGAGUGCUGCUGUGGUCAUUCUUGGACGACACUGCCUCAUCCUUCGGGCUCUCUGAUGUUGGGCUCUGACUCUUCCUCCCCACCCCUCCCGGCACAACCCUCUAGCAGCGACCCCAGCGGCAGUUCCUUGACUUCCCUCCGGGGUCUCCCCUUCCCCUGUGGGCUUUGUUGUUACCAACAGCUCAGCCCCUUGGAGUUCGGGUCCCAGACACCACUGUCCAACAGCAGCUUGCUGCCUGCGGGCCUUGGUGACCCCUGACCAGGCACCGCUCCUGCCUGGCCAGCGCCUGUGCUGUGCCUGGCCCACCUGCCCUCCCUGGGCCAUGCCACAGCGCUCUUGGCUGCUUUGCCGCUCCCAGCCCCUCACCUUCACGUGGGAAAAUCACAGACCUCGGUCCACGCUGACCUCACCUCUGCCCCGGGAGCACACUCAGAGGAAGAUCUCAGCCAACCGUGCUUCCCGCGGCUGGCCCAGCGUCCUUGUCUGUGCCCCACCGUUAGGCACUUCUAGCCCUCGCCCCGCUCGGCCUCACCUAGCUCGGUCCUGUGGGCAACGCCUCGCCCAGUCUAAACUCACAAGUGGUGCCAGGAGCAGAGGGCGUUCCCGGUGCACUACCACUCGCUGCCCUGGCCAGCUCGCAGGCUGCGGCCCAGGGACACGGCACAGGCCCCUCCCACCUCAGGCCUCCACCAGCUGUUCUCGCCAGCAAUCGCGGCCUUUCUUUGCUUUCCUCUGUAGAAAAGGUAAUUUUGAGCCCAUAAUCCGGUCAGCCACCAAGCCAGCAUUCUGGAGGACAAGGAGAGACCGGCACGUUUCCAGGGUCAGGAAACCUUGCCCCAUGGAUGGCUCCUGGGGGGCAGGGUGGGCUCUGGUGGGAUCACGGUCUGGGGGCCUGGACAGCUGGGCCUGGCGCUCCAGGCUAGUCGGCUGUUUGUCUUCCUCGUCCUGAGGCUUCUGAUUUCCUGACCCUGAGGUCUGCGGCUGGCGCCUCUGGGCCCACUCCCACCCCCUCUGCUUCCUGGCUGACCUCGCCUUCAUCUGAGGGCGUCGCUGUACGGCAGUUUCCAUUUUUCUUUAAUAGGCCGUUGGCUCCAAGUCUCUUUUUCUGUUUGUUUUUGGUCGUUGAUCUUAAUUUUCUCCAUACAUGCCUUCCCUGCUCUGGGGAGGGGGGGACUGCACGUCACAAAGGAGGCUGAGAUCCGUCCUGCAGCCACGGCCUGGGCCCUCAGGCAGCUCCAACCCAGCUCCAGUUCCGGGCUCUUGCUCCUGACUUGUCAGGCUCCCCAGAAGCCACCAUGCCCCCUCUCUCCCUAGAGAGGAGCUGUGGGGAGGCGGUUCAGGAAGGACAGAUGCCCGGAGAGGGGAUGGGGAACAUAGAGUGGUGACCCCGGGCCUGACUGACCUGGGUAUGGAGCUUAGUGCACUGGUGCCCCUGGGCAGGGCCUGUUUGCUGCUGGCUGUCUCCACCCCCGAGGUGGAUGGUGACACGGCCUGGUGGUCAGACCACACGCCCCCUCGCCGCAGCCUGGAAGCAUCCGCUGGGUAGGGACAGCGUCCCUGUGUGCCCAAGAGCAGCCUCUGGGCCCCAGCACCACAGACCCUCAGAGGGGCAGCCUCAGGAAGCUGCUGGGAGGACUGGGAAGCAGGUGGAGUUCAUCGGGAAGGGGUCCACCCCACCAGGCCGCUGUGGUGACAGCCCACACAGCCCGGCGCUGCCCCUGGGGCCCUGCGGCCGGCUCAGGUGAGGUGAACCCGACGACGGAUGUGGCCUUUGGCUCCAGCAGUGGGGAGGUGACAGGGCUACAGCCUCAUGUAGCGGGGGGGGGGGGGUGGAA